AGCUCACUCCCACGCCGUCCCCUUUUAAUUAGAGAUCAUCGCCAGCCUCGUCUUCGUCAUCGCAUUCAUCUCCCCAUAAAGAUAAAAGAUUCCAUCAGCUCCCACUGUUCGGGAAGGGUACCGGCUUUCGUCGACGCGAGAAAUGGAGGUGGGUCAAGUCGCGAGGCGCAGAAUCAGCACGAUCGCCGGUCACUUCGUCGCCGGCGACGAGAUGCUCGCCGCCGCCGCCCACGUCGUGCCUCUGAACUGCAGUGCUAGUUUGAACUCUGUGAUCCGAAGAUGUGACAACAGAAUUUACUUUGCGAGGCAAGGGUCUAGUUCACAAGGUAGUUUCAUGAGGCAGGCCUCAAUUGAUCAGGUGAGACGAACUCAGCCUGGCACUUGCCAGGGCUCUUGCAAUGCUUCUGAGGCUCCAUCCUUUUCUAGGCCUUCAAGAACUGAACAAAAACCGCCAAAUUUUGGCAUAAUACAACCUAGAGCACAGUGUUGCAACUUAACUGCAGCAGAACCAGCACCUAGGUUUGCUCGCCCGGACAGAAGAAUGAGUACACAAAAGCAAUCCAGUUUGAAGAAGAAAGUCCAUCCUCCAAACUCCAGGGGGGCUAAAUGGUCCCCGCGAAUGGAUGUGGUAGAAUCAGAACGCAAUUAUGUUCUGACUGUGGAAGUUCCUGGAGUUAGCAGCAAGGAUAUCAGAGUGGAAGUCGGUGACCAAAAAUUGACCGUGAUGGGAAUGCGUCAGGCUUGGAAAGUACCUGGCUUUUCAAAUGAGUCGAUCGUGUCAUAUCACAAAAGAGAGAUCACGCAAGGACCCUACCAGAUCGCAUGGCCGCUUCCCAGCAAUGUAAACAAGGAUAGUGUCUCAGCAGAGUUUGUGGAGGGAUUUCUACAGAUCAUUGUUCCUAAGCUUUGAGAAACAGCCAAAGAUCAGCAUCUACGAGAGUAUAUGGCUACCUCAUUACCGAUACCGAGUAGUCAAUAUUGGACAACCGUCUAUACAUGCUCAAGUACUUAAUAGAAAAUCUGCUAGCACUCCGUGAGCUUCUUGUAUCGACCGUGUCAUUCAGGUUAUUACUUCAAAAAAUACGAAACAUGAGCUAUAAAAUAAGCCUUCCUGUACUUCCAAUCAAGUGCUCGA